AUGAACUAUCAUAAAAAUGCCGCUAUAGCAAUGUCAUAUGCGGCUGUUAACUGGAGCAUGGCAACUGGUAGGCGGAUGGUGCUCAUCAUGGUGAUGUCUCAGUCAUACCUUGACAUUGAAGUGACAAGACGUGAGCCGUCAGACAUGGCUUUCGAUAGUAUACUCACCAAAAUGGGAUCGGGGAUGAAGCAACUCACUGACAGGUACGCUCAAUAUGAUGCACCUGUACAAGAUCCCCAGUUACUAUACGCAUACCAACACGGAGCACCAAUGCCCGAAGCUAAUUCGAAACACACCGGCGGCGGUAACAAAAACAAUGCUGCAAUGUCAGCGCUCACUCUGCUGGCGUUCUUAUUUUUCCUGCACAUUCUGCAGCAGUGUAUCAAAGACCAAAUGGUCGCUAUGAGCACGCCCCAAAUAACCAUCAUGUCCGCGAGCCGGGAAGGUGAAGACGCAGUGAAAAACGCAAAGGUCGACAAAACCGGAUACACGGCAGAUGAUCAUAAAACUGUAGCCGAAAACGGCAAUAAAAAUUCUGAAGCCGAUUCAAAAAAUAAAUAUGAUGAAGAAAAUCAAAAAUUGAUGAAAAUAUACACCGCGGAACCACCUAAAAGUGGCGCUCAAAAUUACGAUUUCGCAAAAGAUUACAACAAACGAAGGUUCACCGAAACGGGCUUUGUGAACGCAAUGGACGAUGAUUUCAAUUGA